UCAACAUUGAAUUGACUGAUUAAAAAUUGAUAUGUUGAUAGGUCUAUUGUCAAUAGAAAAUUAUUUGUGUAUAACUUGCAGCUAGCAUGGAAUUGAGAAACGUACAUAAAAUGAAAGAUCAAUAUAUAAGAAAAUUACUGGGUAUCAAAAUACAAUAAAAUAUUUUGUUCAAGGAUUACCAUUCUGUCAAUAUUAAAGUGAACUCUUUAUACUUGCUAAUACUUUUAAAUCAAAUAAAAAGCAACAUUCGUGCGUGCGACAAUAAAUUGUCAGUAACACCGAUAUGUGAUUAACAAGUUGGGUUUGUUUGAAUUUUGCUAUUUCAUGUUUAAACAAUAAUUUAGGGAAAGGAGGAACUGACAGCAAUAAAACGUUGAUCUUGAGUGGAGAUAAAAUAAGACACAAGAUAAUGUAAAAAAAAAAUAAGCAAACAAUUUACGUGAAUUAUCUGUGAAAAUACAAUGUUGAAUGUGACAGAAUCAUAACAGUUACAUGGCAACGCAUGUAGCAGGUGAAAAUUGUGGUUUAGAUUUACUGGAGAAAUAGUCAGUGUGACUGGAAUAAAUGCGGAGGAAUAUGUCGUCACUAGUAGCCAGACCCUGGGGUGGUCGGCAUGGGAUAAAACCUGUAAAACAAGACGACAGUCAGCGUAAGCUUCCUAGACCCAUAGUAUUUUGGAGUUUGAACGAGAAGACAGCUUACAGAAGAAACCGAGUUGUCCAGACGAGAAUGAACAUGAUCAUGGACGACAUUGCUACCCAGCGCGAGUCCUCGAGGAAAAUAAUCCGUUACGAAGCACACAAAUUCCGUCAGAAAAACAGCCGAUACUACCAACACCCUCUGGGUUUAUCAGACGAUGCGCAAAAACUUGCCGUCAAUAUAGCCCCACCUAACUGGAAACCACCGCACGAAAACCUGCCAACUGACAGAGGGUCAGACGGAAAUGAUUCUGGCAGUGAAUCAGAAAACGAAGACUGCGACACGAACGAAAUGUCACCAAGGAAACGCGGAAUAAUUACUAGAUCGAAGAAACCAACGGUGUCUUUCUCCGUGAAUAAGGAAGUUCACCAGAUUGAAAGCGAUCUUGAAAUUGAUGAUAUAGAAAAUCAGACUGAAAAUACAAAUGAACAUGAGAGUAUAACGUUUUUAAAUAACUCUAAAGUCCGAGUCUUUUCUGCUCCUCAGUCACGCGAUGUCCCUGAGCUUCCAGGGCAGUUUGCAAAACGCCAGCAGAGUGCGUUCCCUGUUCUUAGGUCUUCCACUGACUGUGAUAACGACAACUCUGUUGACAUCGACAAAGUUAGAAAUAUGUCUGAACAAUUUGAAUAUGAAAAGAACAGAAGGAUGAACAAAUUAACACAUGAUACUAGAUCUGAUAAUUAUUUUGAUAAAUCCAAGGCAGCGUACCAGCUUAGGCAAGACCUAAGGAAGAAAGCAAAAAUGCGGAAAGAGGGGAUAAAAACAACGGUCUUUACUCUCCAAGAUGCAAUUAAUUUAGAAAAGGAAAACUUCCUAAAAAGCAAUGGAAGAGUAAUGGAUUAUAUCAAACGUAUUGAAAAAUUGAAACGCGCAGAAAGCUCGCUUGUAAACAAGUGGACAAAAGAUGCUAUUGUUCAACAGCUCAAUAUUUAAUUAACAUUUUAUCAAUAAUUAUUACACGUCGCCGGUCCAUAGUUUCUUCUCUGUUACCAGUCUAUAUUCAACAUAUGUUGAGACAAAAGAUUAAAUAUAAAAGGGUGAAAUUUAAUUUAAUCAAUUCCAUGUAAUUAAACACUGUAUUGUUUGCCGGCCUGUAGUCAACAAAGUGUACGGUAUCUGGUUUUAGAAACGAUGCAAAAUGCAUGUUAACGAAAGUGCUAUAGUUUCCUGUUUAAUUUGUCGUCAUUUUCCUUGGUUUUAAAUUUCUUUUUUUUAUCUCUUUCCCAAAAGGUAAAAUUUUCCUCGAACUAUACAAAAUUUUGAUUUGUUACUCCUAAAACUCAUUUCCUUAGAUACAAAGGCAGCUUAGAUGAAGAUUUUGCUGUAAAGGUUUGUUCUGCUUGUUUAAGCUUUCGCAAAACAUGCUUGUAUUGCAAUGCAACUAUCUCUGUACAUGUGACAAAAAUGUUUGCUCAUAAAAUAAUUCCAGAAAAUGACAUAAAAUCGUUGUUGUUUCUCAUGAACAAGAAUAUCAAAACUGCAGCAUUUUAAUUGACCAUAUGAUCUGCGACAAGUUUAAUUGAAAUCUUUACUGUAAGUUUGAUUCUAUAUAUAAAGUCAUCAAAAGUGACUCGAUGUCAGUCAAUUCGCUGUAUAUAUAUUGGCGAAAUAUUGGUAGAUCUACUUCGAGUAAUCUGGGUUAAAUUUAACUUUGUCGAAAAAAAUCUGAACAUGCAUAUUUGCCUUAAUUUUGGUUCGUUGCUAAGAAGAUCAAUGACGUUAACAACCCAAACAUCGUAAAAUCUCGGUAAAGUCUCAGAUGUAUUUGUAACAAUAUCGUAAAAAAGAAUGUUAGUGUUAUUUACACACGAAAGUCAUAGAAACCAGUCGCAAUUGCAUAAACAGUUUGUUUUUUUUAAUUCUAACCAGAAAAGACACAAGAUUAGCAGUCAGUGUUCGAUCACUUUCUCAUACCAGUGAUAAUGGACGAAAAUCUGUUGAAUGAUUAAUCAAUAUUUUCCAAUUUCUAUAAAUAAAAACGGUCGUUUUUCUUGGAAGAGGUAUAUAUCUUAAAACAUGUUUUGCCGGAAAGAUUUCUUUUUUUUCGAAUUUUUAAAGCAUUAAUUUUGUAGAUUCAAAACUGAUAUACAUACAAGCGUUCAAAAAAAUUAUUUUUAUUCAUACCUUUAAAAGUUCUUUCUGUAAACAUUGUGUCUGAUAAAGGGUAAGUAAAACAUGACAGAUUGCUACGGAUUGUUCGGCUUUUUCUUUUUGAGU